AUGGUUCCGGAGAUCGUCGCUGACUCGAAGUUGAACGUCACCUUCCAGGGUGACCAUGUUUCUCACGAGGUAUUUGACUCUGGCACAGAUGUCAGGCGUCGAAGGAAAGAAGAACGCUGGCAACGCCACCGAUACCUUGGACGGGGAGGAUACGGGACGGUCUGGCUGGAGAAGUGCAUCAACGAUGUUGUCGAGACGCGAUUGCGAGCUGUCAAAAAUGUCCCCAAGACUUCUUACUCUGCGGGUGCUAUUGACUAUACGCGUGAGCUGGAGGCGAUCGCAAAGUUCUCUCAGCGGAAGUAUGACGGCCUCUUCGUCCGAUCAUUCGGUUGGUUCGAAGAUCUGGAAUCUGUGUAUAUCACCAUGGAAUACUUUGAACUUGGCGAUCUCCAGAAGCAUCUAUCGCAGCCACUACCGGAGCCUGAAGCGCAGCAUAUAACCUACCAGUUACUCGAGGGUCUUGAGCACCUGCAUGCCAACGGCUUCGCACAUCGCGACUUGAAGCCAGCUAACGUAUUUGUGGUCCAGAAGAGACCGCGGUGGUGGGUGAAAAUCGGUGACUUUGGGAUUAGCAAGCGCCUUCAUGAAGACACUGCAUUUCGUACGGUGGUUGGGACAGUGACGCACCUUGCACCCGAGGUCCUUUUGAAUCGUUUCGGCGGCACUGGAGCAUAUACACACAAGGUGGAUAUGUGGUCGCUAGGUGUGAUGACACACUAUAUCCUGACCAAGAGUCUCCCGUUCAAAUCAUCCAGCGAACUCUCGGUAUAUACCCGAGAUAAUCGGUUGCCAACUGCUGCUCUCCAAUCCCAUUGCGCCAGUGCGGAGUGUCAGGGUUUCAUAAGUUCACUGCUGGCUGUGGAUCCAGACGUACGGCUUGCGGCCAAGGAUGCUCUAGGACACGAUUGGAUCAAAGCGGAGCUGGAGCUGGCACCACUAAGCUCGUCAGAGAGCAACGUAACUGAGCGCAGACCAAACUCAUUGGAAGGUCUAGCUACACUAGAGGCUGGAACUAGCUCUCCAUUGCCAUAUGGAAGAUGGACCAGCAGUAAACAAUCCACAGCGGACGUCCAAGAGCCAGAAGCAGAGACAUCGCCAGAGUUAGGACAAGAGGGCACGACAUCACAACAGCAAAAGCAGGAGCAAGCAUCGACCACACCGCUACCGACAACGGAGGAAGAGAUCGUGACACUGCAACCGCAAAGAACGUGGCUCUCGAUACAACGGCAAUUACCGGGGUCCACAGCUUCCCAACUAUUUGGGACGCCCGAUUUGAAACGGAGGAUCAUCAUCCUGGGUGAUAACAACUGCGGUAGGACAAGUCUGUUGAUGGCCUCUAUAUUGCAUGUGUUCGUUCUUCUAAGGGUUGGAAUUCCACUAAGACUGAGCCACAGAGCGUUGGUGGAAGGUAGAUUCUGGGCAAAGGAGGUUGGCUCGAUACCCCCGUUGGGCACCUACGUUGCAUUCACAAUCGUAGACGACAGACGCCUUGAACUUGAGCUGCAAGACACAGCAGGCAGGGCGGACUAUCUGGACGAUUGGUCUCGAUUCAGCCCCGGUGUGCACGUCGCGUUGCUGUGCUUUGCAAUAGACGAGCCACAGUCUCUAACAAGCGUUACAGAACAGUGGACCGCACACAUUCGACAGCUCAGUCGAGACGCUCCCAUCAUCCUCGUCGGAUGCAAAAGGGAUCUUCGCCACAACCGUGAAACAAUUGCAAAGCUGCAGGGGAGUUCGAGGCGUCCUGUGGCUUGGGAAGACGGCAAGCGCGUCGGCGAAGAGAUCGGGGCGUACGAGUAUCUGGAAUGUUCAGCACUCACCAACGAGGGCGUGCCGGAGGUGCUCGAAGCCGCUGUCCGUGCAGCGCUCAUGGAGGCCCCAAGCCCAGACGAUAGCAAGCGCAGACCUAGUUGGUGGCGGCGCCUGGGCACUUCGCCCUGGAGAGCUAUCUAG